GUAAAAGUGUUUAUGUUUUGGGGAUUUAAAUAUCUGAAAUAAACUGGUAGUAUUCUUUAUAAAUAUCUUUCUUAUGAUAGAUCGAUUGUUCGGUCAAAUAGUUAAGUGCCUAUUGACCAACGAUAGGUUGAAAAAAAGUUAAGUACAAAAGUGUACUUAUUGACCUACACCAAAAUAUCACAAAUAAUAGCAAACCGAUAGCUAAUCAUUUGAAAAACAUCCAACCAAUAUUGUAUUACUAUGAGUUACCUAUCGAAUAGCUACUAAUUGGCAAAAUAAUACAAAUAAAGUUUUCCGACUGUACGUUCAUUUUUACCUGGCCUGUCAACAAGACUAACUAAAUAAUUGUUACGUAAGUGCCCGAUAUUAAAAAGGAGGAUUUUAUGUAGAAAAGAAGGGUUAAAGUAGCUCUUUACAGCCUAUAACAUUCAUCAAAUUACUACAGAUAACUUAUGACACAUAUCAACAUAAUCGACCUACUCAGACACAAACUAUAAUGCAUUUUAAGAAUGAAUUAACUUUACUAUGAGUGAUUUAUAUUUCGUAUCAUUUUUCUUUCAUUUUCUCCUCACUAAACAACUUCCAGAUAUACUUGAACGUGUACAUGAAUUACGUGAUAAAUUUUCCGAUAAAUUAAUCUCAGAUCAUUCUAAUGCAUCAAAAAAUAAACAGAAUAUCAAUAAUAAUAAGAAUAAUAACAGUAAUGAUAAAUUUGAUUUAAACACUUAUAUUUCAUAUAAUCAUCCUUUGAAAAUGUAUUCGCAUGAUCAUUCUAAUGAUUAUGAUAUUAAUAGACAAUGGAAUUCAUUAAAUACUUCCAUUUCUAAUGAUACUUCAUCUCAAUCGACUGAUCACAAUUCUUCUUCUCAGUAUUUCAAUGUAAAACUUCAUUCUACUCCUUUAACGUCAAUGAAGAUAUUGAAAACUUCAACAGAUAAUUAUAAUAUUCAACCAGUAGUUACUACAUCAUAUUCACAAUCUCUAGACAGUGGUAUUGAAGAUACUGUAAAUACACAAUUAAAUAUUUCUUAUAAAUCACAACCAAUAAAUUGUACACCUUCGCCGCAGUUAUUACAUAUGUCACAACGGAUAUUUAAACAAAACCCUUAUAAUAUAAAUCAACCAGUGGAAAAUGAAGUCUGUGAACAAAUAAUCGAUUUAUCUUUUAAAAAACAGAAACAGACUAAUCAUCAUCAUCAUCAUGAUGAAGAAAUUCAUCAAACUAAAGCAGAACAAAAUGUUUGGAGACCAUAUUUGGAUUAAUGAGUUUAUAUUCUAUCUGCCUUACUUUUCUCCGUCAUUUUCCCUUUAACAACUAUAAACCAAAAGAAGUAGAUUCAACUGGAAAACAGCGUCAAUUUAUUAUUUUCUUUAUACUUAUGUUCAGUUUUAUUCUUAAUAAUUUCACUUUUCCUACCAGUAACUUGUCAUAUCCAUCAAUGGUUUAUUCAUGAAAAGUUUCCAUAAAUAAAUAGAACAGUAUUGAUACAAUAA